AUGAAGGUAAACAAAAGCAAGAGGAUCGAGACAAUCUUGGAUUGUAAUAGUAGAUUUAGACGUCAACGUAGCUCACUGAAAGUUAAUUUAAGCUGUGACUCAAACUUACAAAAUUCUAAUAAUGCUUCGCUCGAACGAAUAGAUACUGGGUCUGAUAUCGAUAAUGGAAAUUUUUCUUCUAACAUUCCUUUAAAAAACGUAAGCAUAAUUUUAGAAAAAAUAGAUAAAGACAAUGCUACUUUACAUAAAAAUUGUGAAACGUUAAAGAACACCAUUGUAGCUAAAACUAAGCAAAUAUUCCUUGAACAAGAUGAAUUAUCUAUUAAGACGUGUACAAUUCUAAGCACUAAAAAUGGAAAAAGCAGUUUAAAUCAAAGUAUAGGUAGUACAGUAAGAGAUGAAUGCAAAAAUAAGAAUAUUAGCAACCAGGAGAAGCAAAACAGAUUAAAGAAGAGACAAUUAUUUAAACAUGUAAAUAAUACAAACAAUAAUGAUGAUAAGAUUAAUUCAAAAUGUCAUACUUCUGAACAGUGGAUGUUACAAUCAAACAGUAAUAAUUAUAGCAGUAGCAAUAUGUUAACAAAAAAAUAUGAAAUAUCUAAUAAUUCCAAUGAAAUAAACAGACAUAGAAUUAAUUGCUCUAUAGUUUGUAAGGGUGAUUCUCUUUGCACUUCAAAAAUUUCUGAAGGUGAAAAUGCUUUUACAGUGGUACCAAUUGGCUGUUCCACAAUGAUAGACAACAAAGUAUCAGAUAUUGAAAAUGAUGUAUAUUUUCAAAAUGCAAAUAACUUGCCCCUUAACAAUAUAAACUGUAAGCUUAGAUUAAGUGGUAAAAGCUUAGAAACAGAUAGUGUAAAUACAGUACAAACUUCCUUAAAUGUUAACACAUCAGUUGAUGUGGAAAAUCAGAAUAACAAAAGUACAAAUAAAUAUAAAUGGGAAAACCAUAAGAAGAAAAAAUGUGCAAGUUUGGAAAAUACACUGAAAGGUAUGCAUUCGAUAGUUUUGCAAACACAAGAAAGUAUAAAUACUAUUUCUACUUCAUUACAAAUGAAUACAUCGUUAGAUAUUUCAAAUCAAUUGCAAAAAAGUAAUAUAGUUGAUUUCACAAUGAAGGACAUAAGUUUAAUGGGGAAUGAAAAGGAUAUCUUUAAUUCAUGUAAUACUGAGAACAACAAUUUUAACGAUCAAAAAGUAAAAAACUGUAAAAUGCAACAACAAGAUCAAAUAGUUUUACAUAAAGAUCAUACCAGUGAAUGCAGUGGCAUUGUAAAUAACACGAUUAUUUUGAACAAUUCAUGUUGUGAGAUGUCACAUGUUCAAACACAAACAUCUGUGAACGUUGAAAAAUCAACAAAUACUAGUGAAUCAAAAAAGGAUCGAAAUAUGAAACAUUUAGUAUCAUUCUCUGACAAAGGACAAUCUAAAAGAAAACUAUUACCUCUUGGUGAAUGUUCACAGUUAGCAUCAUUUUCUCCAGUACAAAAAGAGUGUUCACCUUUAGGACACUUAAUACUUAGAAAAAAGCACAAGAAAAGAAGGAAUAAAUGUAAUAAAAAAUUUAAUAUCAACAACAUAGAACAGAGUGAGGGAAAAGAAAAUCAAGAUUACAAUGAGAAAAAGCAAAUAAAAAAACCGAAAAAGGUAAUUAGUAAAAAAAUUGUUGUUAAAAAAAUUGUUGAUGAAGACAUUUUAAAAAAAUUGGAAGAAAACAAAGAUAAUUUUAGUGAAAUAGAAACAGACGUUUGUACUCUGAAAAGAAGUUCAACGAAUGAUUUUCAGUCUCUGAAAAGGUCAUCGCGGAAACAAAUACAGAGAAUAAAUAUUGUUGCAACAGGUUUAUCUAAUGAAGAUAAGGAUGUGGUUAAAAGCGUCGUUGGAGCUCUCGGUUUAGCAAAGAUUGAAUCAAAUGUUACAAAACGUACGACACAUGUUGUAAGUACGGGUGUACGUACAGUAAAUCUGCUACAUGGUAUCAUACGAGGCUGUUGGAUUGUCAGCCUCGAAUGGGUUUUAAAAUCUUUAGAAAAUGAUGCAUGGUUAAAUCCAGAAAACUAUGAAAUGGCGCAUUUUUCAAAAGCAGUACUGGAAAAUCGGAAAGAUAGACAGCUGUUUGGAAAGGCCUAUAUUUCAGAAUUGUUUACUGCUUGUGGAUAUAUAAAUGUUCAAAAGAGUACAACACCACCUUGUGAUGUACUGAAAGGCCUCAUAAAAGCUGCAGGCGGUUGUAUUACUGAAAAUCCAGAAACAGCAAAAAUUCUGAUUGGUGUAGGAGGUUUGAAAGAAGCAUGGGUUUUAGAUUGUAUUACAUUGGGUGAAUUACAACCAUGCAAUCAGUAUCAACGACCUUCGAUAGAUUGA